AGAAAUUCGGCAACACGAAAGAGCUAGGUCCGUACGCUUCUUUUACAAUAUAACUUACCUCUCAGUUCUAGUUCAUCGUUCCCUGGUAUAAUAUACAAGGCACACCAAAACUGUCUAAUCAUGGCCGAAGCGCGAAUCUCGGUGCUUUGCAGCGGGAAUGGGUCAAAUCUACAGGCGCUCAUUGAUUCAUGCGCCUCUGAUGCGCCUGAUAGCAUACGAGGCAAGAUCGUGAAGGUGACGGUGAAUAGGAAAGGAGCAUAUGCGGUGACGCGGGCUGAGAAAGCCGGCAUUCCCACGGAUUACUUCAAUCUGGUCAAGGACGGAUAUCACAAACUCGGCGAAAAAGACGCAGCUGUGCUCAAGGAAGCAAGGCUAAAAUAUGACGCCGAUUUGGCAGAGAGAAUACUGCAGGACAAGCCAGAUCUUAUUGUUCUGGCAGGCUGGAUGCACGUCUUGACGACGAAUUUCUUACGUCCGAUCAGCGCUGCUGGUGUGCCGAUUAUCAAUCUCCAUCCCGCUUUACCAGGAAAAUAUGACGGCGCGGGUGCAAUUGAUAGGGCAUACGACGAUUUCAAGGCCGGAAAGCUCGAGGACAAUACAACUGGCAUAAUGAUUCAUUAUGUUAUUGCUGAAGUCGACCGCGGCGAACCUAUUUUGGUUCAGAAGAUCAAGAUUGAAGAGGGAGAGAGUCUGCAAGAUCUCGAGCAGAAGAUCCACGGAUAUGAACACGAAUUAAUCGUGAAAGCAACUGCACUGCUAGCGGAAAAAAUAUCUACUGCAAAGGUAUCCAAGACAUAGGUGAGGAUGGCUUCGGCGUAACUCUUAUGAAAAAAUAAGAAACCAACCAUACAGAGAUUCCGGCACUAGGAGACGAUGGUGUUGGCCGAUGAGACCAGAAUGAAAACGCAGGACCUGUCGAUAUAGAAGCUGCUUUGGCUCAGUCGAGUGAGUUUAUUGAAAUUCCUGUCGCUCGAAACUGCGAAAUCGGUGUUAUGUACAUGCAUGCAGGUAAGGCUCCGGGAUGUGAGUGAAGUUAUCCGGGAUGCGAGUAAAGUCACACUAGACGAGACCGGCUAAGAUACGGUACUACGAAUUGUUUCAAUCGUAAAACAUAUUGGAGCUCUUUUGCGGAGGGUGGAACCCUUUUCAACCAACCAGAUAACUGAGAGGUAUUCGGAGAUAAACAAGAAAUAAGGAGACCGCCGAUCAGAGUCGUUUUUUUUACAAUAUGUACAGUCAGAUAAGGGUUCACAAUAGGGGACUGCGACGUUAAAGUCAUCUCAAAGCCUGCAAAGCCUGCAAAGCCUGCAAAGCCUGCAGGACCAGAGGCCUCAGCACUUGCAGCACUUGCAGCACCAAGGCGAAUGAUGCAAAUGCUAGACGGA